AUGGCCAGAUUGAAACCACUAAUACAACCUCCAUUGAAACCACUACUACAACCUCCACUGAAACAACAACCUCCAUUGAAACCACAACAAUUACCUCCACUGAAACCACUACAAUAACCUCCACUGAAACCACAACAACAACCUCCACAUAAACCACCACAACAACAUCCAUUUAAACCACUGAAACCAAUACAACAACCUCCAUUGAAACAACUACAACAACCUCCAUUGAAACCACUACAACAACCUCCACUGAAACCACUACAACAACCUCCAUUUGAACCACUGAAACCACUACAACAACCUCCACUGAAACCACUGUGUAAACUGAAGUCUAUAAGUAAACUGAAGUCUAUGAGUAAACUGAAGUCUAUGAGUAAACUGAAGUCUAUGAGUAAACUGAAGUCUAUAAGUAAACCGAAGUCUAUGAGUAAAUUGAAGUCUAUGAGUAAACUGAAGUCUAUGAGUAAACUGAAGUCUAUGAGUAAACUGAAGUCUAUAAGUAAACCGAAGUCUAUGAGUAAACUGAAGUCUAUGAGUAAACUGAAGUCUAUAAGUAAACCGAAGUCUAUGAGUAAACUGAAGUCUAUGAGUAAACUGAAGUCUAUGAGUAAACUGAAGUCUAUGAGUAAACUGAAGUCUAUAAGUAAACUGAAGUCUAUGAGUAAACUGAAGUCUAUGAGUAAAUUGAAGUCUAUAAGUAAACUGAAGUCCAUGAGUAAACUGAAGUCUAUGAGUAAAUUGAAGUCUAUAAGUAAACUGAAGUCUAUAAGUAAACUGAAGUCUAUAAGUAAACUGAAGACUAUAAGUAAACUGAAGUCUAUAAGUAAACUGAAGACUAUAAGUAAACUGAAGUCUAUAAGUUAA